AGCUCAUCGUAUUGGAAGAUUUCUUAAUCCUAUUGCUAUUGGUUAUCUGGUAUUUAUUCUUACAUUUGGAGUUUAUAUAAAUAUGUAUAUAUUUCAUAUAAUCGAUUUAAAAUCCAUAAUAGCUUGUUGUUUUUUACCAUGGUUUGGUUUUAUAGGUGGUUCAAUUGUAUCAUUAAUAUUAAUAAGAGAUAAAAAGAAAAUAAUAGCUAUUUGUAUUGAAACAGGUGUUCAAAAUACAGGUGUAGCUAUUGUUUUUCUUCGUUUAACAUUUCCACAACCUGAAUCUGAUGUUGCAUUAGCAAAUCCAAUACUUGUUUCAAUGGCUAUACCAAUACCAUUUCUUAUUUUAUUUAUUACAAGAUCAAUUAUGAAAAAAUUUAUUUUUUGUCGAAAAUUUUUACCACAAAACAAUGAAAAUAAUAUUGAAAAUGAAACACCAGAAAAAAAUCUUAUUAAACAAUUAUUAAAUGAAACAAAUAAUGAAGAAAAACAACAACAAGAGCAACAAAUUGGUCAGAUAAAUUAA